UCCCUCUGACUUGCAGUGAUUUGCUAACGCCGUAGUGAGGUGUAGACUCUGCACCUCUCUCUCUCUUUCUCUCGUGUGCUCUCUCUCUCUCUCUCUCUCGCUCUCUCUCGUUCUCUCUUGCUGUGUCUGCCUCUCGGUGGAUUUGAAUCAAGGCAGCUCUUGCCUUCCCUCUGAAUCAGGCAUUCCUUCCUUCCCUCUCUUCCUUCUGUAUUCAGGAAUAUGUGGCGGUCUGUGGUUCUCCUUCUGAUCGGAGUGUCAGCUUUGGUCCAGGUGUCCCUGCAGGGCCCCUACCAGCGUCGGCUGUUGAAGGAGUUGCUAAAGGACUACAACCGCAUGGAGAGACCGGUGGCCAAUGACUCCCAUGCUAUAACUGUGAAUUUAUCCAUGAUCCUUGUUCAGAUCAUGGACGUGGAUGAGAAGAACCAGGUCCUUACCACCAAUAUUUGGCUUCAGAUGCACUGGUACGACCACUACCUCCAGUGGAACCAGUCCGCCUACCCUGGAGUGAAGAACUUAAGAUUCACCACUGACCAGAUCUGGACCCCUGACGUCCUCCUCUACAACAGUGCGGAUGACAAGUUUGACUCCACCUUUAAGACCAACGUAAAGGUCAACUCCGAUGGCUUUUGCCAGUAUCUGCCCCCAGGCAUCUUCAUGAGCACUUGUAACGUGGACGUGCGCUGGUUCCCCUUCGACAUCCAAAAGUGUGAGCUCAAGUUCGGCUCCUGGACCUUCGACGGGUGGCUGCUGGACCUGCAGAUGUCCGACGCAGACAUCUCGGGGUACAUGCCCAACGGGGAGUGGGACCUGGUGGAGGUGCCGGGCACCCGUAACGAGGUGUUCUACGACUGCUGCAAGGAGCCGUACCCAGACGUGACGUUCAUCGUGACCAUCCGCCGCCGCACCCUCUACUACGCCCUCAACCUGCUGAUCCCCUGCGUGCUGCUCUCCUCCAUGACCCUGCUCAUCUUCCUGCUGCCGGCCGACUCUGGGGAGAAGAUCUCCCUGGGAAUCACUGUGCUUCUGUCCCUCACUGUCUUCAUGCUGCUGGUGGCAGAGAUAAUGCCAGCCACAUCAGACUCUAUACCACUGAUAGGGCAGUAUUUUGCCAGCAUCAUGAUCAUUGUUGGCAUGUCCGUGAUAGCCACUGUAGUGGUGUUACAGUACCACCAUCACGACCCUAACGGAGGAAACAUGCCCAAAUGGGUUCAGCUGAUCUUACUCCAGUGGGUGGCCUGGUUCCUGCGCAUGAAGCGUCCUGGGGAGAGUGACGACCCGGAGCGCCCCCCCUGUGCCCCCCACUUGCGUCGCUGCUCCUCUGGCUCUCAGAGCGGGAGUAUCCCUAACCCCCCUGGGGCCACCCUGCAUGGCCUACACCCCCAGAACCACAACCCCCUCCAGCCCAGUCUGUCUCAUCCUGGCCACUCCCACCUCCACGCCCAAUCCGGCAUCAACAACGGCAACCUGCUCUACAUCGGCUUCCAAAACCUGGAUGACCCGCCCCUCAUCCCCGAUCCCACCCAGAGGAACAGCGGUGUCAGUCAGAGGGUGGUCCCGGGGGGUGUGGCUGGCAGCCCCCCUCCGCACCUCCCAUCCCAGUUCUGCAGCCCUCCCCCACCAACCCCCAACCUGGACACCAUGGGCUGCUCCAGCACCGUCUCCAGCGGGUUCGGCCUGGGGGUCGGGGGGCUCGGGGGAGUCGGAGGGGGCUGCUUGGCGGCGUCCCAGAACGGGAUGGGGGACCCGCAGCUGCAGGCCAUCCUGGAGGAGGUGCGCUUCGUGGCCGACCGCUUCCGGGAGCAGGACGAGAACGAAAGUGUGGUCGAGCAGUGGAAGUUCGCGGCGGCCGUCAUCGAUCGCCUCUGCCUGGUGGCCUUCAGCGUCUUCAACAUCAUCUGCACCAUCUCCAUCCUCAUGUCCGCGCCUAACUUUGUGGAGGCUGUCUCCAAGGACUUUGUCUGAGAGA